AAUAUAAAAAAAUGUUCAAGUUAAAUAAUUCACUGGCUUUUUAGGUUAGGUUAAUCGAUAAGCAUUUGAUUGUUUCUUCCAGAAAGAUUGUAUGUAAAUGGAACUACAUUUUCGUAAUAUCUAGAGAAACUGGAUCACGGGUGUGUAGAGCGCUAUUAAAUCAGUGGGAAGUUUGCGCUAUGUAUUCGCUGCAAUCCAUGCUUUACUGGUCAAUUAGUUGGCUGUACAUUCACUCGUAAAUCUGAUAAAAAAUUAGAGAAAGGAACGGUUACAGUGAAUCAUGUUAAACUAUUGGAACAGAGCAAUUUUCAGAAACACGUGUUCAAGUUGAUCUUGAAAAAGUGUUAACGUAGAUGGACAAUGUGAUGGAAAAAGUGCAUACUCAAGUGAUUAAAUAAAUAUUUUGUACGUUUUUUGUGCACCAGGCGUAAUGUUUUCGAACAUACUCUCUGGUAUGCUUGCCAAUGUUACCAAAAUGAGCCUGGCAUUAUUUGUACACAUGUCCAAGCGUUAUCUCGAUCGAGAUUCUUGAUACGAGAAUGACUGCAAUUAGAUUCUGUUACCAUUGACUCGUAUAUACAUCUUUGAGAAACAAGACUUUUCAAGUUGUAAUUUUCUCCCACUACGUAGUAGAGAUGCAUAUGUGGUAUUGGUUCGGGAAAGACCUGGGAGUAUUUUUAUUCCCAGGAUAUGUUGUUACGACAACUUGGGGCAUGAUAGCUACAUGCUUCGGCAUAGCUGCCUUAGCUGUACUUUACGAGGGUACGAAGGUGCUGCAAUACAAACUGCGACAAAUGACACUCGAUUCUUUAGCCAAGACUUCGCCAUCUACUGAAAAUUCAACAUUAAUAUCCAGAAUAUCAUCAAGAUCCUUUAACGCAUCUUUCUUCGUACAGUGCAGUUCAUAUUGGAGCAGAUGGCUUUUAGAAGUAUUUCACUGGUCCUUUCACACUUUGAUGGGCUAUAUAAUUAUGAUGGCUGCCAUGACGUAUAAUGGAUACAUAACUAUUGCCUUGGUAUGCGGAGCAGCUAUCGGUUAUUGGAUAUUUAGCCCUGCUCUUAUGAGUUUCAGCAUAAAACAAUUUCCUCAACAAAAAUCAGUACAAUGUGAAGUGGAAUGUGCAGAUGCUAUUGUUAAUUCAGAAAGGCGACAAUCUACAGUAUCAUUUGUAGCAGAGCAAAUAGCAACAGAAGUUGUUGCAGACAUUCAUGCUACGCAGACUUGAAUAAUGUUUUAAUUCUAAACUUAACUCAUAUUGGUUAAACCAAUCUGAUUACAACUUUUUUAAGAUGAGACUUAAAUGUAUAAAGAAAUAAUUUUUACAUUUACAUAUUACAUGUACUCGGAGGAUAUUUUUGUAUAUACGCUGUUUUUAUAAAUUUAUAAAAAAACGUUUAUUCAAUGAAUUAAUUAUAAGGAUUAGAUUUAUGAUAUCACAACGUGUGUAUAGAAGAAUUCUUGAUUCUUUGUACAAACAGGAAUUAAAAUAUUCUUUUGCAAA